CAAUGCUUAGUGAAGUAAUAAUAGAUAAUUAUAUGCAGUGGGUUGUGCAGAUAACAUCUUUAAAUUAUGGCAUCUGAAGUAUUGGAGAGAAAUGACUUCAACCAAUCAGAUAUGUUCACUGUAACCAGCAGUUAACAUUGUCCAAUAGAAUGACUGCAUUCAAGAUUUUAAACAGGGGGUUCCUAAUACAUUUUUAUACAUUGCUCAGUACAAAAACUGGGUGCAUUGGUAAUGUUAACAACAAGUUCAUACAGAAUCCAAACGGAUAUUCUUAUGGUGCUCUGAGAGUUGAAUUGUGAACACAAUUUCAGUAUUGGAAAGGACAUAUCAAGCCUUGUCUUACACCUUAUCCAAGUGACUUACCAGGUAGAUUCUGUGACAAGACUUUUAUACCACCAAUUAAGUUCUUACUGCACUCAGUAAAAAUGUGCACAGGAGAGAGACCUUACAAGUGUAAAUUCUGUGACAAAACUUUAACUCAAAAAGGCCAUUGCAUUGUGCAUGAAAGAAUUCAUACUGGAGACAAACCUUACAAGUGUAGAUUCUGUGACAAAACUUUUAUAGACAAAACAAAUUGCACAAGGCAUGAAAGAAUUCACACAGGAGAGAAACCUUACAAAUGCAGAUUCUGUGACAAAACUUUUAAAGACAAAACUCCCUGCAUAAAUCAUGAAAGAAUUCACACAGGAGAAGAACCUUACAAGUGUAGAUUAUGUUACAAAACUUUUAAAGACAAAACUUCCUGCAUAAAGCAUGAAAGAAUUCACUCCGGAGAGAGACCUUACAAAUGUAGAUUCUGUGACAAAUAUUUUACUCAAAAAGGCAAUUGCACUGUGCAUGAAAGAAUUCAUACUGGAGACGAACCUUACAAGUGUAGAUUCUGUGACAAAACAUUUACAAGCAAAACAAAAUGCAUGUAUCAUGAGAGAAUUCACACAGGAGAGAAACCCUACAAGUGCAGAUUCUGUGACAAAACAUUUACAGACAAAAAAUCUUGCAUACAUCAUGAGAGAAUUCACACAGGAGAGAAACCUUACAAGUGUGGAUUCUGUGACAAAACUUUUACUCAAAAAGGCAAUUGCACUUUGCAUGAAAGAAUUCAUACUGGAGAGAAACCUUACAUGUGUAGAUUCUGUGACAAAACAUUUACAAGCAAAACAAAUUGCAUACAUCAUGAGAGAAUUCACACAGGAGAGAAACCUUACAAGUGUAGAUUCUGUGACAAAACAUUUACAGACAGAACAAAUUGCAUACAUCAUGAAAGAAUUCACACAGGAGAGAAACCUUACAAGUGUAGAUUCUGUGACAAAACUUUUACACAAAAAAAAUCUUGUAAACUUCAUGAAAAAAAUCACACUGGA